GAACUAUCUGUAUUGCAUGAUGCCCACGAUGAGCUUAAAUCGUCCGGGAAACUAAAGAAACUUCUCAAAAUUGUCCUUGCAAUCGGCAACUAUCUUAACGGUACUUCAUUUCGCGGUAAUGCAUACGGUUUUCAAUUAGACGCGCUCCUCAAAAUGCGUGAUACGAAAGCUAUCGAAAACAACGCGAAAGGCACAUCCACUUUACUUCAUUAUCUGGCUAAUACUCUCGAAUUUAAACAACGAGACCUAAUUACGUUCAUGGAUGAACUUCCCCAUUUAGAGGUAGCUGCUAGGGUGUCUGUAGUUACUCUCAUGGCCUCUGUCAAUUCUCUUGCAACUGGUGUUGCACAAAUUAGGGAAGAGAUCCGUAUACUUAGACGGAUAAGAUUGUCUCCUGAAAACGACAAGUUCAUAGAAGUUAUGAGUGCGUUCGUUGAAGAUGCUGAACCCAAAGUUGCAAGUAUAAGAGAUAGAGCUACGGAAUUAGAUGAGGAGCUCAAACAAUUGUUAGUUUAUUACGGCGAAGAUCCUUCAGUGACGAAACCAGAGGAUUUCUUUGGGUUAAUUGUCUCCUUUGCGUCUUCGUUGGCGAAAGCGCGAAAAGACAAUGAAGAACUGCGAAGGAAAGCCGAGAAAGAACGUGACAAUCAAGUCUCCCGCAUGUCCAGUCGUCGUCAGUCAGACACGGCAAGUGUUUCAUCAUCCCUUGCUGGCAAAGGCGAACUUGAUGAAACGAUCCACCAACUCCGAGCUGGUCUUCGGAGGAGCCGCGGUCGUCCUGUAUCCAGGGUAUUCUUGGAAAUGCACAAUGAAGAAGGACAUCAGUUUGACAUAUCAUAUGAUCAUACACGAGAUAGGUCUUUCAUCGAACAUCAACGAGAUAGAUCUUCAUAUAUAGCUCAUCAUCGAGUUGUGAGUCAUCAGCGGGAGAGGACAUAUGAGGUGCGGUAG